GUUCACAUAUUUGUCUCUCUAUCGAAUCAGCGAAUAGAGUUAUCAAAUUAACUGGUGGGAUUCUUCUCCAAGCGGACCAUGGCAGCGACUAAAACUGCUAAAGAGCAGAAAUACGAUAGACAAUUGAGAUUGUGGGGAGACCAUGGCCAAGAAGAACUUGAAAAUGCACACGUAUGCCUGAUCAAUUCCACUGCAUCCGGGACUGAAAUACUCAAGAACCUUGUGCUUCCAGGCAUUGGAGCAUUCACUAUUGUCGAUGGACACAAAGUCUCCGGGGAAGACGUCGGGAAUAACUUUUUUCUUAGCAACAACAGCAUAGGAAGGAAUCGAGCCCAGGCUGCCACAGAGCUGCUACAGGAGCUGAACACUGAUGUAUCUGGCAACUUUGUGGAGGAGAGCCCAGACAAGCUCUUGGACAAUGACCCAGAGUUCUUCCACAGGUUUACCCUGGUGAUUGGUGUCCAGCUGCCAGAAAGCACUUGUUUGAGACUGGGGUCGGUGUUGUGGAAUGCAAACGUACCUUUCCUGGUGUGUAGAACGUAUGGCCUCGUCGGUUACAUGAGGCUAGUAGUGAAGGAGCACACAGUGAUUGAGUCUCAUCCAGACAAUGCCUUGGAAGACCUGAGGCUUGACCAACCUUUUGCAGAACUCAAGAGCCACAUCCAGUCCUACGACUUGGAGGGAAUGGGGAAGAAGGAUCACAGUCAUACACCAUGGAUCAUCAUUGUUGCCAAAUACCUAGAAAAGUGGUUCAGUGAGCACAAUUUUCAGUUACCGAAGAACUACAAAGAGAAGGAGGCCUUCAAACAGCUUAUUCGGCAAGGAAUCCUGAAGAAUGAGAAGGGAACUCCCGAGGAUGAGGAGAACUUUGAGGAGGCCAUCAAGAACGUCAACACAGCCCUUAACCCAACCAAGAUUUCGAGUGGCGUUGACGACCUCUUCAAUGGAGAGCAAUGCAAUGACAUUACAUCACAGACUCCAGCCUUCUGGGUGAUGACGCGAGCAGUGAGGGAGUUUGUGCAGAACGACGGCGGCGGAAACCUACCUGUACGUGGCUCCAUUCCAGACAUGAUUGCGGACUCAGAGAAGUUCAUCAACCUCCAGAAUGUUUAUAGAGAGAAGGCAAUGCAAGAUGCUUCUGUCGUGUCUAAGCAUGUAGAGUCUCUCCUGCAGUCUGUUGGAAAGCCCUCAGAGAGCAUAUCUGAGCAGGACAUCAAACUAUUCUGCAAGAACGCUGCCUUCCUGAGGGUGGUGCGCUGCAGGUCUCUGGCUGAAGAAUACAGCGUGGAGACGGUCAAUAAAGAUGCGAUCACCUGCUCCAUGGACGGUGCAGAUGGGGAGAUGGUGUUGUACCUUAUGUUGCGCUCUGUGGACCGUUUCUAUCAGCAGCACUCCCGCUACCCAGGUGUCUACAAUUACCAAGUAGAAGAAGACAUUAGCAAGUUGAAGCUCUGUGUGAACAGCCUUCUGCAGGAGUACGGCCUCAACGUCAGUGUGAAGGAUGACUACAUCCACGAGUUCUGUCGCUACGGUGCUGCUGAGCCACACACAGUGGCAUCUUUUUUGGGAGGAUCUGCUGCACAAGAGGCCAUCAAACUCAUCACUCGUCAGUUUGUUCCCUUCAACAACACGUUCGUCUACAACGCCAUGUCCCAGACAACUGCCACGUUUCAGCUGUAGAAAGCUAUUUUCCUCCUCAAUGACAUGCACUUAACCCCUCUGUAAAAUAUAUGAAUGGAAUGUUGCAGUGUAGUAGCAGCGAUAACUGAAAGUUUGGGUAGGUGGAGCACUUUGUUCGUACUGUACGUUUCCACAUAUUAUUAUGUUGUGAUAAACUGAACGACUGUUUCCGAUAUACUUUUCAA